AUGCAGACUGCUUCUCCACACAUUUGUGAAAGAUUGUGCAAUACGUUAAUUCAUGAAAUUUUCUUGCUACUAAAUAUUCCACGGUCAACUGUUAGUGGUGUUACAACAAAGUGGAAGCAACUGGGAACAGCAACUCACCAAGUAGUAGGCCAUGUAAAAUGACAGAGCGGGGUCAGCGCAUGCUUAAGCUCACAGUGCACAGAAGUCCCAAACUGUCUGCAGAAUCAAUAACUAAAGACAUCCAAACUUCACGUGGUCUUCAGAUUAGCACAACAGUGUGUAGAGAGCUUCAUGGAAUGUGUUUCCAAGGCCGAGCAGCUGCAUCCAAGCGUUACAUCACCAAGUGCAGUGCAAAGCAUUGGCAGGUAGGCUGUUCUAAA